UGAAUCUGGGGCUCCAUUGCAGCCAAUACCUUCAACGUCAACCACGGAACGUGUGGGAAGUAGUAGUUCAGAACCUCUCUUGACCACGGGUGAUGCGCUGGAGAAGUACCAGAUUAUUUCUGAGAAGCUUGAAACUCUGGUAACCAGUGAUGCUAAAGAUGCUGAUAUUCAGGGUAUCAUUGGUGAAGUUCCUGGAAUCAUUCUCAGAUGCAUUAGUCGAGAUGAAGCUGCAUUGGCUGUGGCUCAAAAGGUUUUCAAGGGUCUGUAUGAAAAUGCAUCAAAUAGUGCACAUGUCAGUGCUCAUCUUGCUAUUCUGGCUGCAAUUCGCGAUGUUAGCAAGCUUGUUGUUAAGGAGCUGACUAGUUGGGUGAUUUAUUCUGAUGAGGAUCGGAAGUUCAACAAGGAUAUUACUGUUGGUCUUAUUCACAGUGAAUUACUAAACCUUGCAGAGUACAAUGUUCAUAUUUCUAAGCAGCUUGAUUCAGGAAGGAAUAAGGCUGCGACAGAGUUUUCCAUUAACCUUAUUCAGACAUUGUUGAUUAAUGAUUCUAGAGUGAUUUCUGAACUUCAUAAUGUCAUCGAUGCAUUGGCAAAGCUUGCGGCAAGGCCUGGAUCUCCCGAGUCAUUACAACAGCUGGUUGAGGUUGCCAGGAAUCCUGCUGCCACUAGUUCUACUCUGUCUGCUGUUUCUGUGGGAAAGGAGGAUAGUGCCAGACAAACUAGGGAGAAAAAGGCACCUGGCCACGCUGCAAUAAGCAGGGAAGAAUAUGUUGUUAUGGAGUCAGCAGAACCAGAUCCUGCUGGUUUCCGUGAGCAGGUUUCUGGGCUGUUUGCAGAUUGGUACAGGUUAUGUGAGCUUCCAAGUGCAAAUGAUGCUGCUUAUGCUCACUUUGUCUUACAAUUGCAGCAACAUGGAUUGCUGAAAGGGGAUGAUAUGACAGAUCGUUUUUUCCGAUGCCUUACGGAACUUUCUGUGUCACAUUGCCUAUCUUCUGAGGUGAUUAAUUCUGGCCCUCUGCAAUCAGCUCAACAACUCCAGCCCCUUUCCUUCCUUGCAAUUGAUAUUUAUGCAAAACUUGUCUUUUUGAUCCUAAAGUUCUUCCCUGUGGACCAAGGAUCGAGCAAACUCAUUCUUCUGCCCAAGGUUUUGGCUGUAACUGUGCGAUUUAUUCAGAAAGAUCAAGAGGAGAGGAAAGCUUCCUUUAAUCCAAGGCCAUAUUUUAGGUUGUUCAUUAACUGGCUGCUGGACCUGUGCUCCACAGACCCAGUGUUUGAUGGUGGGAACUUUCAGAUUUUGACAGCAUUGGCAAAUGCAUUCCAUGCUCUACAGCCCCUUAAAGUUCCUGGAUUCAGCUUUGCAUGGCUUGAACUGGUGAGUCACAGGAGUUUCAUGCCAAAAUUGCUCACUGGUAAUGCUCAAAAGGGGUGGCCAUAUAUGCAGCGAUUGCUGGUGGAUUUAUUUCAGUUCCUGGAGCCAUUUUUGAGGAAUGCGGAGCUUGGAGAACCGGUUCAUUUUCUGUAUAAGGGCACAUUAAGGGUGUUGCUAGUUCUACUUCAUGAUUUCCCCGAGUUCCUCUGCGACUAUCAUUUUAGCUUCUGUGAUGUCAUACCACCAAGCUGCAUACAGAUGCGAAACAUAAUCCUCAGUGCAUUUCCUCGUAAUAUGAGGCUUCCUGACCCAUCAACUCCAAAUCUGAAGAUUGAUCUUCUUGCAGAGAUCAACCAAUCUCCACGUAUUCUCUCCGAGGUUGAAGCUUCUCUUAAAGCAAAGCAGAUAAAGGGUGAUAUAGAUGAGUAUUUGAAGACAAGGCAACAGGGAUCUUCGUUUCUAACUGAACUCAAACAGAAACUGCUGCUUCCACCAAGUGAAGCUGCGUGGGCUGGGACCCGGUAUAAUGUACCCUUGAUCAACUCCCUUGUGCUUUAUGUUGGAAUGCAGGCUAUACAGCAGCUGCAGGCCAGAAGUCCUCAUGCGCAAUCUAUGGCCAGUAGUGUCCCAUUAGCUGCGUUCUUAGUUGGCGCUGCCUUGGAUAUCUUCCAGACAUUGAUUAUGGAGCUAGAUACUGAGGGGCGCUACCUCUUUCUGAAUGCAGUUGCAAACCAACUACGCUAUCCAAACACCCAUACACACUACUUCUCAUUCAUACUUCUUUAUCUUUUUGCUGAAUCAAACCAGGAAAUCAUUCAGGAGCAGAUCACAAGAGUUCUUCUGGAGCGCCUGAUCGUCAACCGACCUCAUCCAUGGGGCCUUCUGAUUACUUUCAUUGAGCUAAUUAAGAAUCCUAGGUACAACUUCUGGAGCCGGACUUUUACAAGGUGUGCGCCGGAGAUUGAGAAACUCUUUGAAUCAGUUGCUAGAUCAUGCGGGGGCCCAAAGCCAGGGGAUGACAGUGUGGUCUCUGGUGGCAUGUCUGACAAUAUGCACUAAAACUCUCUGUUGUGUUGCCGGUUGCUUGCAAAAUCUAUAAUCCUGUUUCUCUUUUCUUUUUCUCCCUUGUUUUCUGCCAAUCAGUUGUUGGUGACAAUGGAGUACUGUAGAUCUGAUGUAUAUAUAUGCUCUUGCCCUUUGGUUUUUUCUUUUCCCCCACACCAUUUUGGCGAUGUUUAUAUUAUUAAGAACAUUUCUGGAUUGGGGGGGUGGGGCUUGUCGUGCAUGAAGAUGCCAGUCUGUUUUAAGUUUUUAUCUUUUGAAGAUUCUGAUUUCUGAUCUUGAUUCUCUUUUAUUCCAAAGGAUUAAUGUUGGUUUUA